UAUAGAUUCCUUUCGAGAUGAACUACUCCGACCAUCACGAAAAAGUUGAGCAAUUUUACAACGUUCAAGAAAGCUUAUACCGAAAAAUGGGAGGAUUUAGACUUUCACCAAACAGUUCAAAGAUAAAGAAGAUUGCCUAUGAAUUGUAUGGGAUACUAGCUAUGAUGGUGAUAGGAGUUUAUAAUUCAAGCCUAUUCAUAUCCUUCAUAACUCUGCCGUCAAUCUUGGAUAAAAUCAUGAAAGCUUUCUACAUGUUGGGGACUCUUAUUGGAGCAAUGGUCAAAUAUAUCUGCGUCAAACGGGAUUAUUCACUUUAUCGAGAUAUAGCAACAGAUUUGCAUCAAGACAUUUUCAAGCCUCUCAACGCGGCCGAAAACGAUAUAUUCGUGAGAAAUUUGGAAAUGAGCAUAAGAGUUCGAAACCUGUACGGCUAUGUUUCCUGUCUCUCAUUGGUGUAUGCAUUUGGAUUGCAGCAGGUGCUCAACCCCAAGGAACUCCCAGCCCAAUUGUAUGCACCUUUCGACAUGGAGGAUUCGACAAAUUUCCUGAUAAUGAAAGUCUUUUCGUUUAUUUCUGUGGGAUAUUUGUGUUUUAUAAAUAUUGCUUUUGACUCUUGGUGUACGUCAUUUAUGUUAUUUAUUCAAGGGCAAUUGGAAAUCUUGGAAUAUCGUUUGGAAAGAAUUGGUUUUAAUGGCGAUAGUGAUCUGGAGAUAAAUCUUGAGCUGAAAAGUUGUAUUAGACUUCAUGCUGCAGUACAUGAUAUUAUUGGAAAACUCGAGAUUGUGAUAGCUUUUCCAAAUUCGUUGCAAAUAUUUUGUUCAAUGCUGGUGUUGUGUUGUAAUUUUUAUGCCAUAUCGUUUACAUCAGUUAGUGAAGAUACAAUAGCAUUUUUGAAAUUCAGCAUUUAUCAAAUGGCAAUGCUGUCUCAGGUGUUUUUCAUUUGCUAUUUUGCAAAUGAAGUGACUUUGGCAAGUAAUAAAUUGUCGCAUGCACUUUAUUCAUCGAAUUGGAUAACAUGGAAUAAGAUUAAUCGGAGACUUGUUCUUUUAACAAUGCUACGUUUUCGGGAUCCAAUAAGAGUAAAAUCUCUCAACCGCUGCUACCAUUUCGAUUUAGCUGCUUUUACAUCAAUUGUUAACACUUCGUACAGUUAUUUCGCUUUACUAAAGCAAAUGAACAAUUAGAUGUAGCCUGAAGCAUAAAUGUCAUAUUAUUGAUUUCAAUUAAUCAGCUAUUGUUACUCACAAUUAAGUAGUAUAAGAUUUUAUUGUACUGUCAUAUUAUAUAUGGACUAUAAAAAUCCAAUUUCACUCAAAUAGUG